AUGCACUCCCCAAGCACUCACCAGUCGUCUCAGCAGCACUCACCAGUCGUCUCAGCAGCACUCACCAGUCGUCUCAGCAGCACUCACCAGUCGUCUCAGCAGCACUCACCAGUCGUCUCAGCAGCACUCACCAGUCGUCUCAGCAGCACGCCUGUCGUGCAGAACAGCACACUCACCAGUCGUCUCAGCAGCACUCACCAGUCGUCUCAGCAGCACUCACCAGUCGUCUCAGCAGCACUCACCAGUCGUCUCAGCAGCACUCACCAGUCGUCUCAGCAGCACGCCUGUCGUGCAGAACAGCAGUCUCGUGUUCGGCCCUCGCCGGCUCUCCAUCCUGAUCUGAUACCCCACGCUGCCCCCCACCUCCUCGCCUCUACUAAUUGCUUCCUUCCCAUGCACUCCCCAAGCACUCACCAGUCGUCUCAGCAGCACUCACCAGUCGUCUCAGCAGCACUCACCAGUCGUCUCAGCAGCACUCACCAGUCGUCUCAGCAGCACUCACCAGUCGUCUCAGCAGCACGCCUGUCGUGCAGAACAGCAGUCUCGUGUUCACCCCAACCCAAGCCCAGCACUCACCAGUCGUCUCAGCAGCACGCCAGUGGUGCAGAACAGCAGUCUCGUAUUCGGCCCUCGCCGGCUCUCCAUCCUAAUCUGAUACCCCACGCUGCCCCCCACCUCCUCGCCUCUACUAAUUGCUUCCUUCCCAUGCACUCCCCAAGCACUCACCAGUCGUCUCAGCAGCACUCACCAGUCGUCUCAGCAGCACUCACCAGUCGUCUCAGCAGCACUCACCAGUCGUCUCAGCAGCACUCACCAGUCGUCUCAGCAGCACUCACCAGUCGUCUCAGCAGCACGCCUGUCGUGCAGAACAGCAGUCUCGUGUUCGGCCCUCGCCGGCUCUCCAUCCUAAUCUGA